AUGGCUCGCGGUCGGUGGUCCUUCGGCAUGCUGUUUUGUUUCACCUGGCGCCUGGCGACUGCUUCAGAUGCUGUCUCUGAUGGUCCUAGCUCAGCAUCUUGCGAAAGUCCCUUGGAUCUGGUCUCAUUCCUCAUGCGGCAGGGUGCUGUGGCGAAAGCAGAUGCAAGUCGCCAGGUUCAACGGGGCAACAUGUCCAGCUGGAUUGGAGAAGCUUUUGAUUCGAAUUUGACCGCUGCGUGGGAUCAGGGCCAAGACCAAUUGCGGAAGAUGCCGAUAUGCAAGCUUUUCCCAGCCCGUUGCAGCAGCACCAGGCCAAUGGGUUAUAAGAUCUCUUUGUUGGCCUCGGCCAGGAUGUACGCGUCAGUAGGUUUCAUUGGGGGAGCGCUUCUGGCCAUGUUGGUUCUGGCUUUGUUCAUCGUCGGUUUUUGCUUGAAUCAUGGAUCUGCUUCCCGCUGGAGGGCUGUGAACGGCGACCAGAAGUCACCAGAAGAUGUGGCGAAGCCGGAAGCUUCAGCCUCGGCACACGCGUUGGGGCCAUGGUCGCAGUUUUUCUGGCCUUUGGAUGGGUGGUGUCGCUGGUGGUGGAUGCCGCCGAACCUUUCAGAACCCUUAGGUUCCAUGAAGCUUUAUGUCUGCAUGUUGCUCAUCCUGGAGCUCCUGGCCCUGCCGCUGGCCGGCAGCUGCACUUUAGCCGCCCCUGAGCUCCUUGCAUUGGAACGGAGCUAUCCAGCCCGCCGACCCUUAACGCCUCCAUUGGCAGAGUGGCUCAUGCCAAACUUCGAAGCCAAUGUCCACGGAUGGGCGGCCUUUUUCGUCGUGUUGCGCCGGAUCUUGUUGGUUUCCUGGUGCAUCUUCCUCGUCCUACCAAAGGCAGGCUACCAACGAAGCGUAGCGGCCAGCUACAUGGGUGGAGCUCUGGUCUACGUGUACUUUGCCCUAGUUGGCAUUAUGUACUCGGGACAUCACUCCUGCCAAGGUACCAUUUGGUUUGUAUUCUCCGCAAUGUUUGCCGUCCCCUUCCUGGAGACCAAUCCUCUUGCCGGGCCGUGGCUCCGGAGAUUUGCGCUUCUGGAUGUGCUGGUGCCAUAUUACUUCUUCGCAGGCGUAACGAAGCUAAGAUACGAAGGGCUUUGGAGCAACAUUUCCGGGCACUGGCUGCUGGGGGAAUUCAAGGCAGUUUUACCAGCUGGCAUCGCUAGCUGGAUGAGCUCGGCUCCAGCUAUCUUGGGCUCGACUCCUUGGCCCUUCACAUUGAUGUCUUGGGGCAAUCUCAUUGUAGAACUGGUUCUUCCGCUGCUUGCCAUGCUGAGCGCUAAUGAGGGCCCGACGCAAGCAGCAGUGCGUUUGAUCUUUUGCCUCGCAGCCAUCUCCUUCCAUGUGACCGUUUAUCUUGUGAUGGGUCCAAAUUUCCUUCUUCAGAUCCCGCUGCUCAUCUUCGCCAACAACCCCUUGUAUCUUCUUACGGCUUCCGAGCGCAGCGAGAAGCCUCGAGAAGUUGCCCCAUCUCUUGGAGACCGCUUCAGGGGAGUCUAUGCCAUGGUAAUCCUGAUCUUGUGGUAUCGCGCGGAGCUGAUGUCCGACGUCGCCCAUCUCACGGGGGAGACGGCGGCCACCUCGAAGCAUGAUAGUAGCUUCCCCUUCCCGGAGUUCUCCAUGUUCAUCAUGCCCGGUGCCAACUCGAACUUCCACUUGAGUUGUGGGAUCCUUGUGGUGGCCUUCGUGAUCUUGCUGAUGAAGAUGCUGAGGGAUGUGUACCAGGCCUCGCCUGCGUGA